UGACCCGGAUGCUAACCGGGCAGGACACGCCGCACCGCCGCUUGUGUCGUGUGAGUCCAGCCGCCGACGUGCAACUGAUUUCUGGAGACUUCGCAGCGGCUCCGUGAUGAGUUAACGGGAGCGAGAGCGAGAGGAGGAGAAAAAACAGCGGAUGAAUUAAGUUUUCACUAAGAUGAGAGAAGUCUGCCUGACAGCAGCAGAGAGGAGUGAACCUGCCCUGGAGGAAAGCUAACCCACGAAUGGCCUGCCAGUCUGUCGCUGCAGUCAUGGACGAGCAGGCCCUGCUGGGGCUCAACCCGAACGCCGACGCCCGCUACAGGCAGAGGGCCAUGGCAUACUUUGAGCAGCUGAAGGAGUCUCAGGAUGCCUGGGAGGUUUGUGCCGAGGCCCUCGCUAAAGGGAUUUACAAUGACGACCACGUGAAGUUCUUCUGCUUCCAAGUGUUGGAACAUCAGAUAAAGUUCAGACAUGCUGGUCUGAGUGCAGUUCAGCAGCAGCUCAUCAGAGAGACUCUGAUGAAGUGGCUCCAGUGUCAGCUGAUGAAUGCUCAGCCUGAGAAGCCCUUCAUCAGGAACAAGGCGGCCCAGGUGUUUGCCCUCACCUUCAUCAUGGAGUAUCUGACCCUGUGGCCCAAGUUCUUCUUCGACAUCCUGUCUCUGGUGGGUCUGAACCCUCAUGGCGUCGACGUCUACCUGAGGACGCUGAUGGCCAUCGACGCCGAAGUGGUGGACAGAGACAUCCUCCACACACCUGAGGAGACUCGUAGAAACACUCUGAUCAAAGACACCAUGAGGGAGCAGUGCAUCCCCAGUCUGGUGGAGUCCUGGUUCCAGAUCCUGCAGACGUACCAGCAGUCCCACCCGGAGCUCACCUGUCAGUGUCUGGAGGUGGUGGGAGCCUACGUGUCCUGGAUCGACCUGAACCUCAUCGCCAACGACCGGUUUGUGAACCUGCUGCUGAGUCAGAUGUCGGUGGAGGAGCUCAGAGAGGAGGCCUGCGACUGUCUGUUUGAAAUCGUCAACAAAGGAAUGGACCCGGUGGAUAAAACCAAACUGGUGGAGUCUCUGUGCCAAGUCCUGCAGUCUGCGGGCUUCUUCAACGUGGAACAGGAGGAGGACGUGGACUUCCUGGCCAAGUUCUCUCGGCUGGUGAACGGGAUGGGUCAGAGUCUGGUGCUGAGCUGGACCAAGCUGGCCAAAGCCGGCAACGUGAAGGAUGCCGCCGAGACGCUGCAGGCCGUGGAGGCCAAGGUGCCACUGCUGCUGCAGCUGCUGGUGCACGAGGACGACGACAUCUCGGCCAACAUCGUCGGCUUCUGCUACGAAUACCUGCACGUCCUCAAACAGCUUCCUCAGCUGACAGACCAGCAGAAAACCAACAUAGAGGCCAUCAUGCUCGCCGUCAUGAAGAAGCUGACAUAUGACGACGAGUACAACUUUGAGAACGAGGGCGAGGACGAGGCCAUGUUCGUGGAGUACAGGAAGCAGCUGAAGAUGCUGUUGGAUCGUUUGGCUCAGGUUUCUCCUGAGCUGCUGCUGGAGGCCGUUCGCAGAGUCUUCACCAACACCAUGCAGACCUGGCAGACGGCUCCGUUCAUGGAGGUGGAGGUGGCCAUCAGGCUGCUCUACAUGCUGGGCGAGGCGCUGCCAGCGUCUCACGGCGCUCAUUUCUCCGGAGACACGGCGAAGACGAGCGCCCUGCAGGACAUGAUGAGGACGCUGGUGUCCUGCGGCGUCAGCAGCUACCAGCACACCUCCGUGUCUCUGGAGUUCUUUGAAACCGUCGUCAGAUACGAUAAGUUCUUCAUCGUGGAGCCGCAGCACAUUCCUAAUGUUUUGAUGGCGUUUCUGGACCAAAGAGGACUGAGACAUAACAGCCCAAAGGUCCGCAGCAGAGUGGCCUACCUCUUCUCUAGAUUCAUCAAAACUCUGCAUAAACACAUGAACGCCUUCAUCGAGGACAUCCUGACCAGGAUCCAGGACCUGCUGGAGCUCGCUCCUCCUGAAAAUGGCUUCCUGGCGCUGCUGACCAGCGACGACCAGCUGUUCAUGUUCGAGGCGGCCGGCGUCCUGAUCGUGAAUGGGGAGAGUCCCGUGGAGAGGAAGCAGGCGCUGAUGAGGAGCCUGCUGACGCCGCUGAUGGACGCCUUCCGCCUGCUGCUCGCCAAGCUGUCGCAGGAGACGGAGGAGGAAAGACAGGCCGCCCUCGCCGACUGUCUGAGCCACGCCGUCGGAUUUGCCAGUCGGACCAGCAAGGCGUUCAGCAACAAGCAGACGGUGAAGCAGUGCGGCUGCACCGAGGUCUACAGAGACUGUCUGCAGACCUUCCUGCCCGCGCUCAGCUGUCCCGUCCAGCGGGGGGUGCUGCGUAGCUCGGUCCGCUCCUUCCUGCACAGGAUGAUCAUCUGCCUGGAGGAGGAGGUGCUGCCCUUCAUCCCUGCCGCCUCUGAACACAUGCUGAAGGACUGCGAGGCCAAAGACCUGCAGGAGUUCAUCCCGCUCAUCAGCCAGAUCACCGCCAAGUUCAAGCGGCAGGUGUCCCCCUUCCUGCAGCAGAUCUUCAUGCCACUGGUCCUCGCCAUCUUCGAGGUGCUGGCGCGGCCGGCGGAGGACAACGACCAGGCGGCCGCUCUGGAGAAACAGAUGCUGAGGAGGAGCUACUUCAGCUUCAUUCAGACCAUCGCAGGCAGUGGGAUGAACGAGGUGAUGGCCAAUCAGGGAGCAGAAAACAUUGAGCGAGUUGUGUUCACCAUUAUCCAGGGAGCCGUGGAUUUCCCCGACCCCAUUGCUCAGAAAACCUGCUUCAUCAUCCUGUCCAGACUCGUCGAGCUGUGGGGAGGUAAAGACGGCAUGGUGGGCUUCCCUGACUUUAUCUACAAACACAUCGUCCCUGCGUGUUUCCUGGCUCCUCUCAAACCGACCUUUGACCUCUCAGACGCUCAGACAGUCCUGACUCUGUCAGAGUGCGCCGUCACACUGAAAAUGAUUCAUCUCAAACGGGGGCCGGAGUUCAUCCAGUUCUUACAGCAGGAGUAUCUGCCCUCUCUUCAGGUGUCACCAGAAAUUUCACAGGAGCUGUGUCAAGUGCUUCAGCAGCCUGAUGUUAAAGUCCUGAAAAACUACAUUAAGGCGUUCUUUCAGCGAGCAAAGCUGUAGGAAAUAAAACUGGAAGUUCACUGGGACUCUUCACAGGAAGUGGUCGAACUUGCCACUUUUACAACAACAACAACAAAAUGGAACUUAGCAUAGGAGCUGCUUUUGCACUUAAAAAGUAAAUGCAUAACAAAGCCCAGUCUGUCUAAGUCGGGGUGAGAAUGGACAGAAAGCGGGUGGACGGAUCAACUCCCUCUUCCGGCCGCCAAGACGACGAGCUGUCCACGCUGGACUCGAGACGUGAAGGAGCUCGACCUCCGAUCAGAAAUGUGGAGAACUUUGUGGGAAACGGUGGAGUCGUGUGGAAAAGGGCUUUUUAGAUGUCAGCACAGAUCUGUGGGGAGAAGGUUUGGUUAAUUAUCCUGAAACUGAAACUCCUCUCGGGUAGGAUUUGUGUAACGAUAGCUUUACUCUCCAGACGAAACCUUUACAGUAGAAACCACAUUUAAAAACCUGCUAGAUUUGAGUUGUUUCUUUGGAUGUUUGCUGCCACAGAAUGGACUAAAAAUAAGGGCUGAAUUAGAAAAAGCGUUUUCAUUUAAAAUGUGGCAUUGAUUUUCUUUUUUUUAUGGUGUUGAGGAAUGGAUGGUUGAUUUAAAGUUUGAAGUGAAAAGUUAGGUGCUCUCAGCCCGGCUUGAUGCGUCCGCCUUCCCCUCACUCUCCUUUUCAAAUCAAACAUACCUGAUCGGAAAUGUAGAUACUUGGGUUUGGAGCUACAUCGACCCCUCGUGGUGAGUUUACGAUAAAUAAAUUGAAAUAGUCCACAGAAUUUUUUUUUUUUUCCUGGAAAUAUGCGAAUACUUUUGGCUGUUUUUUUUAAAUUUCAGAUGGAAAUGAACAUGAAACAGGAACAAAGUGUAAAUAAGAGAAUAAGAUGUUAAAAAUGUAAAUAAAGUUCCUAGGUUUAGUUUUUUUUUUUUUUUUUUUAAAUCUUCAUUCCCAUCUGGAAGCCAGGUAUGGAAGCCCAUUUCUGCCAGAAAAAAAUGUAAUGUUAAGAAAGAUAAAAAAUAUGGAAAUACUUGAGUACUUAAACUGAGAUACUAAGUCAAAGUAUAAAUUAUAUUACAUAUAAUUUUGACUUUUGAAAAAAUGUUUUCAGUGAGGUAUCAUCAUAUUGACUUGCUAUGGGAAUUUUUAUUUAUCAUAUUUCUGACUUUAAUUUGACUUGUCUCAUAAUCUCAUAAUUGGUGCUUGAAUAUAUUUUUUGACUCAUAAUGUUGACCCAGUAGAAUUAGUAAAAAUUAAUUUAUCUUGACUUUGUAUCUCAUGAUUUUGACCUUGUGAACUUUUCAAUCAUUAUCUCAUUUAAAAUGUGUCUUACUUUAGUAUAGAGUAUUUUAUCGUAAAAUUUGAUUUAUGUCAUCAUUUGUGCAUAAGUCAUAAUUUUCAGUUACUAUCAUAAAUUUAAUUCAAUAUAUUUAGCAGAAUUUUUAUUUCCUGAUCUAAAAUAAGUUAAUUUUUUAAUAUCUUAUAAUUUUGACAGUAAAAAAUCUAAAAAUUAAGACUAAAAUCAUUUUGACUUACAGUAAGUAAUUUUUGUCAUUCUUGAUGUUUUUCUUUUCUUGUCUUGGCAGUAAUGAGCUUCCGUAGAGGCCGUAAACUCGUUCAUAGGACUCACUUGUGCACAGCUGGUGUAGAAACAUGAACUUUGACCCGUGUACAGACGCAGCUCGGUGAAUUUCACAUCGAAGCUUUCGAGACAAUUCAGGACGAUCGACAUAUUGAUUAUGCAACACUUCACGAGCGAUACUGUGAAGGAGAUGUGAGAUGGAACGAAACCAAUCAGUGACAGACGAUGAGAUAAAACUGUAAAAAUAAAUCCACUGUACAGACCCCCCCCACCCCCCCCCAUACUGUUUCCACUGUUAACAUCAGUUUGAUGUUCACUGUCCUCCUCAUCAUUCGGUUUAUUGGCCUUCAGUUUUUCUUCAGCUUUAAAUUUGUUGUUGUUUUAUAUUUUCCCAGAGAAAGUGCCUGAAUGUGUUGCUUUCAGUUAAAUGUGGUCGCACAGGCAACAAUUUCAAUAAAACCAGUUUAAAGUAUAAGUCUGGUUUUAUCCUACGUUUUUCUCAAAGUCAACAAAUCCCCUGGAAAAGACGAAAAACCAACAGUGUUUCUUUUCUUUCUGAGUAUUUUUGUCUUCUGGUCCUGAUUUUAAAGAUCUAACAUCUCACAGAUAUAUAGUUUUUUUUUUUUUUUUACUCAAACUUCACUCAAACAGGAGGAAAAGUUUCAUGUGUUUGGGACUAUUUUCAGCAGUGGAUUGAUACACAUUUAGAUUUAGACAUUGUUAGUAGAAUACACUCGUUGUUGGUUUGACGUUGCAGGUGGGAUUUAGAACAUCAGCAGACUUAUCCUUUAAAUAAUUCAAUUAAUAAACACAAAUUCAUUUUCAGUUUGAGACGGUGAAGCUGAGGCAACAAAACCAAAAUCAGACAUUAACUUGAUGUUUGAAUGGUUAAAUAUUAUUUUAUGUUCACGAUUAUUCAGUUCGACCACGGGAACAACAGCAACUCUUUAUUUCAUUGGUCCUUAAACUUUCUAAUGAUGUUUCCUGGAAUAAAAAGGUAAUUUGUCUGAUUCCAGGGAAAAUAGAAACUCUGUUAAACCAUUAAUAAAUGAAGGAUAAAUAAA